AGCUCGUUCGCCGCUCGUAUAACCCGAUACGAAGCUAGACGGCCUCCGAUUGGUCGGUUCGCGUGGGUAGGUACAUGGCUACCACUACAUCAAGACAUCAUGCCCAGCUCCAUCGAAGCCGGGCCAGCAUCUGCGCCACGGAGAGGAGCUCGCGACGACCAUAUAAAGGACGGAGCGGCCAAUAUGUAAACCCAGACGACCCCGGCUUUCCACUUGUCUCCAUAUUCACAUUGCCCCAUCCACCUCUCACACACACAUCACACCCCGGCCAACCCGCAACCAUGGUGCUCUCCCAGCUCUUCCACCGCACCGCCUCCCUCCUCGUCCUCUACACCGCCACAGCAUUCACAAUCAACCACUUCCUCUCCCCCCUCAACCCAACCCUCUCCCUCUCCCUCCUCCUCAUCACAACCCUCUACACGCUCAAACUCCUCCUCGCCGCCACCCUCAACGAAUACAAACUCGACAAGCUGGGCUCGCGCGCCCCGCGCAUCGCAGACUACUCGCCCUUCGGCCUGUGGACGCUGUUCCGCGCCCUGCGCGACUUCGCCGCCUACCGCAACCACGAGUUCUGGUGGCAGAAUUUUCAACGCAACGGCAAUCCGCGCAACCCGUACACCACCGAGUCUCUGAUUUUUGGGGGCAGGCUGUGUUUUACUGCCGACGAGGAGAAUGUCAAGGCGAUUUUGGCGACGCAGUUUGCCGAGUUUGGCAAGGGGCCGCAGUUUCGGAAGGAGUGGAAGGAUUUUCUUGGGUUGAGCAUCUUCACCACCGAUGGCGAAAUGUGGCAUAACUCGCGCUCGCUGCUCCGCCCGCAAUUCAUCAAAGAUCGUGUGAGCGAUUUACAGAAGUUCGAGGCGCGUGUGCAAGUCUUGCUCCCCAUGCUGUCGCCUGGUAAGGAGAGUGCAGACGGGCAGACGGUGCGGGUCGACGAGCUCUUCUACCGCUUCGCCCUCGACGCCGCGACGGACUUUCUGCUUGGCAAAAGCGUCGACAGCCUGUUGAACAGCGGGACCCAAUUCGCCGAUGCGUUUGGCGAGGUGCAGCGAGUGCAGGCGGUCGUUGCGCGCGCGGGCCCGCUGCAGCACUUUGUGCCGAAGAAGUCGUUCCACGCUGGCUUGAAGGUGCUGAACGAGUUUGUGAACCAGUACAUCGACCAGGCGCUGCAGCUCUCGCCCGAGGAGCUGGAGAAGGUGACCAAGUCGGACGAGGGGUAUACGUUCCUGCACGCCUUGGCAAGCCACACGCGCGAUCGCCAGGUGUUGCGCGACCAGAUUGUUGCGGUGUUGCUGGCCGGGCGGGACACGACGUCCGUCACGCUGAGCUGGCUGUUCUACGAGCUCUCCCGCCGGCCCGGCGUGGUGCAGAAGUUGCGCGAGGAGAUUGUUGGCCGUGUGGGGGUGGAUCGACGGCCUUCGUACGACGACCUCAAGGCCAUGCGCUAUCUACAACAUACCUUGAAUGAGACCUUGCGACUGUACCCGGUUGUCCCGUACAACGUCCGCGAGGCGCUGGAAGAUACGACAUUGCCGCACGGCGGAGGAGCAGACGGCAAUGAGCCGAUAGGAGUGCUCAAAGGUAGGUGGUCUCUCCGAGUGCGAAUCGACAGGACAUUGACACAGCAUCAGGCACGGCCGUGGGAUACUCGACCUUUAUCCUGCACCGCCGCCCCGAAAUCUACCCCGAUCCUUCUACCGGCUUCCAAGACUACCUGGACUUUGUGCCCGAGCGAUGGGAAACCUGGACCCCCAAAUCAUGGACAUACAUUCCGUUCAAUGGCGGGCCGCGGAUCUGCAUCGGACAGCAGUUUGCACUGACGGAGAUGAGCUAUGUGAUUUGCAGG